AUGGCGUGGCCACCAGCAUCCUUGCAGCUGAAAGGGCGUAGUCGGUCUUUCUCCGAACACCUGCAUAUUUCACGACUGCCCCUGUACGGGGAACAAUCAAGCGAUGCGCAGAGCGGAUUCGAGGCAACCUACAACGCGCCUCUCGGCACCCUGGUCGACACGGUGGCACCGAUUAGCCAACUAAUACAACCCGUGUUUUAUGGAGUCCACAACAGCGAUUUCAGAAACAGCGGUGGGGCGCCCAAAAAAACAGCGCUGCAACUGCACCCGUCCGAAGUCAGAGGCGUGUUACCACCGACACCCCAGCCGCGUGUCGGCGGCGGCGACAGUGCGUGGGUGUCCGCAGGUCAACAGUCGCCACCGGCUCUUGCCCCCCGCGGCGAAACGAAUGUUUCAGCUAGGCUUCCAUCGGGACUCUCCUCAUUGCCGCUGCCGCUGUCUUCAAAAGCCCUGAUGCCACCGCACCAUAGGAGUCUUCACGCUGCAGCGACACAUGCGCCAACUUACGUCGCUGUCGACGGCGCGCUUGUGAAUGCACAACUUUCGCUGCCUACACGGGCGGACGCUCUUUGCAGCCUGUUCCAACAGUACAUGGAUGCGCAGCGAGCACUGAGGCCAAGCGUACGGCAGCGGCUGGAUGGGGCCCCUGGGCAACUCACAGUACCACUAGACCUUCAGGAGCUGGUUCUCCGGCAGGUGCAGGACUUCGCUUUGCAGCUCGAUGCUGCGGCUCAUCCGCGCGUGCCACCCUACCAGCAGGCGCUCGUUACUUCUUUAGACCAAACCCCUGGCGAGGCGGCGGGAACAGGUCGCCCAUAUCAAGGUAUGAGGUGCCCGCCACUACUGUUGGCCCCUGCCGCGUACAAGGGCGACGAGGUGCCCUGGGAUGCCAUUUUCGACUACCUAGCCGGCCCUCCAACUGCAGCACACGCCACUCUGCGUGCCGUUGCCCCCGCGUCGCGGCGCCAACUCGAACAACUGGGGUGGCGAUGGAUGAUCGCAAAGGUGGCUAUGAGCGUCUGCCCGUUCAUUCAGGCGAACAGCGCGGAGGGAAAUGUGCGGGACGCGUACGUGCACUUGGAUGGGCAGGAGCGGCAGUACGUUGGGCGCGUACCAGUCGCACGCCGUACCCCACUGCCCCCAGUGUACCAGUCGGCGUUGGCCACGCGCGAGGGCCUGCUCGAUGGGCAUGCUCUGCUGGACUGCGAACGGCAAUCGCUGCUGCUGGAUUGGGCGUGGCGCGAAGGGUGGUUGCACCGCCUCGCCUGCUCCCACCAUGCCUUUCUCUUACCUCGCCUUUCCGGUCGUUGCGCCAUGCCCUCGCGCAUUUGCGUUGACGGCGUGGACUGCGACGUGCUGCGACCAAAGCGAAAUCGACUCGAGGCCGGUGGUGUUGGGGACAAGGGCGGAUCGGGUGUGGCCUUUACGACCUCCCAAGGCGCGGAGGGUAUCGGCAUACGUACGUUUUAUGGCACGCAGCUGACAUCGCCCCCGCCGUCUAUGCUAGAGAAGCGACCUACCGAGGCGCUUAGCGCAACACGGAAGCUUCUGGACGAUGCUGUAGGUGCAAUCUCGCGAGAGUGGGCGCGUAGUGCAGGUGCAUCGCGGCCUGAGCAGCUUCACGCCAAGCUGGCUUCUUCCUCGAGGUCCUAUCACGCCAUCACCAGGCCGUCUGCCGUCACGGCGGCGGUAUCCAGCUCCUUCACAAGCCCACCUCUGGAGACGGGGAGAGUCUGCCGUCUGGAUCCAGUCACCGACCUUCAGCAUCAUCUGCACUACGGCCAUGCUUCGCUACCCGUCCUUGUCGAGGAUGUGAGCGGCACGGCACACCUGCUAUGCACUAGCAACACUCGACUAGACACAGCAGAGGUGAAGGGGUGGAUUAGUGCGUGGCUGCAGCACCGGCACCGUCUGCCUCGGCAGCCCAUCCGCACCAGCGCCGCCAAGUUUUUGUUUGUGGGGUUGCCGUCGGCACCACUGCGCACUGUGGGCGAGGAAGUCAGCGAACUCGACUACGUUGUGUGUACCACAGCGGCUGCCACCGGCCCUUCUCCAGAGGUAGGGCUCGGCAGAGCGUGGCACUCCGACGACUCCAGACCCGGAGAAGAGGAUGGGGCAGCACGAAGCCGACUUCUCUUCUCUGACGCUGUGACCUCGCCGAAGGGCGACGAGGAGGAGGAGGGCCACAGAGCGGCAAUGCCGGAGCUGGUCUUUAUCAAGGACGGAUUGAGGGAUCGUGCACACAUGGCCAGCGCUGAAGGGCUCGUGUGCGAUGUUGCCGUCGAUGAGGCCGGACACGCGGGCCACGGUGCUGUCGCGGAAGAUCGCUUUCGCAUGCUCCUGCCGAAGUGGCGCCACAAGCGGCGUGGUAUGGUGCGCAGCAUGAACAAUGUAGACCUGCCGUGGCCGAUGCUUGGAAGCGCGUCAGGCCAGCAGCCUCGACCCCUCGCGCUACACCUGACGGAGCAGCACAUACCGUGGCUAGCGCAUCAGCUGUGCCCCGACAGUGAGGGCGGCGGGCUUGUGGACUUGCAGGAGCUUCAUCUUUGCGUGACGGAGUCGCUGCUGCCGCCAGGAUGGGCGGCUGCAUGGCGUUGGUGCAUGAGUGUGCUGCGCGAUCGCAAGAAUCUGCUUGUUCUGAGUCUGGCCACGAGGCCAUGUGCAUCGCUGAUGGCCGAGGGAGUAGCAUCGGAUAUGCAUAUCGAUUGCAAGCCAUACGACACGACUGAGGUCAUCGGGAGGCUGAGUACGUUCACUGCCACUAUGCUCGCAGCGCCGCUGCAGGUGUUGAGCCUCCAAGGCGCCUUGGAAGACGCUGUCGCGCCGCUUUUUUGGGACGUGAACCGUGGCGCGCCGACGGAGGUCGGCGGGGAUGGAGCACCACCGUCACUGGAGCGCCUGCAGGAGCUUUAUGUGAGCGUUCGCAGCGAUCAGAGUGAUGGCAGUAGCCUCCGUUCUGGUGGACUCGGCGACGUCUAUAUCACCACCUCUGUGUAUCCGUUACUGCAGGUACUCUGGCUCGACACGCCGCGCCUACACCACAUUUACUUCGACCACUUGCUUGUGUUGCGAGAGCUGCAUCUCAUCUCUGACACGCCGCUUGCCUGCUCCGCUCUACGCGGAGUGGAGCUACUUCCUCAUCUGGAGGUGGUUCACUUGGAGAAGGCGGUUAUCGACGACUGCUCUUUCUUUGGCAAGUGCCCCGCUCUACGCGAACUUCUGCUGCAUGCCUGCCGACUGUCACCUCUCCUGCUGUCUUCGUCGUUGGUGCUGGGGCCGGAUAGCGGCAACGGAGGCUUUGAGGGGCUGGACGGCGUUGAGAGGGCGCCACGGCUGGAGACCUUGUCGCUCUGUUACACGGAGGGGGUGAGGAACUUGCAGAACUUUGCUCGCUGUUGCAGCUUACGCCGUAUAUUUCUCACCCGAUGCAACGGCAUCAGCUCCAGCUCCGUCGCGGGGAUAGAGCUUCUGCCUCACCUUGAGCUGCUGGCGAUGGAGUACACACGAGUAACCAGUCUCUCGCAUUUUGCGGCUACCCCGGCGCUGCGCGUACUGCGGGUGGAUGGCUGCAAGCGUGUGCUGCGCUCCUCAGUGAUGGGUCUGGAGACCGCCGCCCUUCUCACGGAGCUGUCGUUGCGGAACACGAACGUCUCGACCGUCGCCAACCUUGGUGGGGGGUGCCGUGCACUCCGCUCACUGGACUUGAGUGGCUGCCGGUAUCUCGACGCCGAUGGCCUCCAAGGCAUUCAGGCCCUGCCUCAGCUGGAGGUCCUCUCCCUCUCUCAUACGCCUGUCACGGACGUCAACUUCCUCGCCGACUGCGUGAGGUUAACGACGCUCUACUUAGAAGGGUGCACGGAGCUACUGCCCAGCUCUUUGGAGGGUCUCCAGGGUGCACCAAGGCUCCGCAAGAUUGUGGCGAACGGGUGCCCCACCCUAACCCGAGUGGGGCAUCUUGGCAAGUGCGCCGCCCUCGAAGUCCUUGCCGUUGCCGGUGCCACUGCGCUCACCGCAGAGGGUCUGCAGGGGAUCGAGCAGGGCCGCCACAUCCAAUACCUGGACCUCUCUUUCACUGCGGUCCACAAGCUGCACUUCUUGAUGGGAGGCUGCCGAGCCUUGAGCUACCUCUCCGUGAAGGCGUGCCAGAGAAUCACCAGCUUGUGCGCGCUGUACGGACUAGAGAAGCUUCCGCGGCUCCAGGUGCUGAACAUGGAGAGCUUGGAUGUACACGGUCGCCUGGAUUUCCUGGCGACGUCCACCUCUCUUCGCUAUGUCUCAUACGCCGGGUGCACGAAGCUCUCCAGCGAUGAUGUGCAGGCGCUGCGUCGGUCGGGCGUGCACACAGCGAUUCCGUAA